GGAACCCGGGGGCACAUGCGCAUUGCGCACUUCUCCCUUUGCUCUGUCCGCCGCUGUUUGAGUCGGCGGUUGCAGCGGCCCUCGUGCUCUCUCGACGCGAACCACGACGGGCCUCCUUGGGCGGUUUCAGGGCGGGCAGAGCGGCUGGGCGAGAUGUGGCCGAGGCCGCGUAGCCGCAUGGGGAGGGGGCUAGAAGUCAGCUCUGCGGGGGACGCUGUUGAUGCUUGCCGGCCUUCAGAUCUGGGCAAACCAUCCUUCUGGAAGACUCUCAGGAAUCUGCAGGAAUCUUACUCUACUUCAGGGCGAAAAUGUGAACAAGGGAUGAACAACAAUGUGGCGAUGAACAGCUGUAAGGAGGAGGAGCAAGAAGACCGAGUGCCUUUAGCUGAAACCUCCCUCUUGAACAAGUUAAUACAGUCAAGUCUGGUGGAAUCCCACCAUCACGUAGAGAUUCUCCAGCGCGACCCCAGAUCACCACUGUUCUCUGUAAAGGUGUUUGAAGAACUGCAUUUAAAGAAAGAACUCCUGCAGGGAAUUUACACCAUGGGUUUUAACAGACCCUCCAAGAUACAGGAAACGGCACUUCCAAUGAUGUUAGCUGACCCGCCCCAAAAUCUUAUCGCACAAAGUCAGUCGGGGACAGGCAAAACGGCGGCUUUUGUGCUGGCUAUGCUCAGCAGAGUGCACCCCGAAGGCAGAUUUCCACAGUGCCUCUGUCUUUCUCCCACCUAUGAACUGGCCAUGCAAACUGGACAUGUGGUGGAGAAAAUGGGCAGGUUUUGCGUCCACGUCAAGGUUGCAUACGCUGUUAGAGGAAACAGAAUUCCAAGAGGGACUGUAAUAGAAGAACAGAUAAUAAUUGGGACCCCAGGGACUGUCUUAGAUUGGUGCUUCAAAAUGAAAUUGCUGGAUAUGAAUAAGAUGCAGGUUUUUGUGCUGGACGAAGCAGAUGUCAUGAUUGAUAAACAGAAUUUCUCAGACCAGAGUGUCCGGAUUCAGAGGGCUCUGCCACCCACGUGUCAAAUGCUGCUCUUCUCGGCCACCUUCGCGGAGCCGGUGCUGCAGUUUGCCCAGCAGAUCAUCCCCGACCCCAACAUCAUCACCCUCCGCCGCGAGGAGCUGACCCUGCACAACCUCCGGCAGUACUACUUUGAGUGCGAGAACAACGAAGCGAAAUACAAAGCCCUGUGCAACGUCUACGGCAGCAUCACGAUCGGCCAGGCCAUCAUCUUCUGCCAGACCCGUAAGAACGCCAAGUGGCUAUCCUGGGCAAUGUCAAGUGACGGGCACCAAGUCGCCCUCUUGAGCGGGGAGCUGACAGUGGAGGAGCGGGCAGAGGUGAUCCAGAAGUUCCGCGACGGGAAAGACAAAGUCCUGAUCACAACCAACGUCUGCGCUCGAGGCAUCGACGUCAUGCAAGUCACCAUCGUGGUCAACUUCAGCCUGCCGACCAAUAUGGACCAUUUUGCCGACUUUGAGACGUAUCUGCACCGCAUCGGCCGGGCGGGCCGCUUCGGGAAGAAAGGCCUCGCUUUCAACAUGGUCGAAAAGCAUAACUUGCCACUCCUGUUGGCGAUUCAAGACUACUUCAAGACUACCAUCAAGCGCCUUGAUCCUGAGGAUAUGGAGGCAUUGGAAAAAAUAGCAGAGUGAAUUCUUCCAUCUAGCGUGUAACCGUUUGGUUAAAUAUUAAGUUCUGAAAAACUGGUUUGUUUUGUCAUUAAAAACAAAAAGUAGCAUCA